AAAUAAAGAGAACUAUAUUAUAUCCAGUAAGUACCAAAUUUCCAUAAGCGUGAAAUCUAUUUUCUGGCUUCUUCAAAAGACACACAGUUCCAGCGCCACAUGAGGGAUCAUGAGCAAAAUGACAAGCCUCAUCGAUGUGACCAGUGUCCAAUGUCGUUUAAUGUUGAGUUCAACCUUAGACUGCAUAAAUGUACCCACAAUGGAGAAGAUCCUACUUGUCCUGUAUGCAACAAAAAAUUCUCCAGAGUGGCUAGUCUUAAAGCUCAUAUUAUGCUUCAUGAAAAGGAAGAGAAUCUCAUCUGUUCAGAGUGUGGAGAUGAGUUUACUUUGCAGAGCCAAUUGGCCCAACACAUGGAAGAACAUCGCCAAGAGUUGUCUGGAGGCAAAACCCAUGUCUGUAAAACUUGUAAGAAAGAGGUUGAAACUUCUUCCCAACUAAAGGAGCAUAUGAAAACUCAUUACAAAAUAAGGGUAUCAAAUACCAGGUCAUACAACAGAAAUAUUGACAGAAGUGGGUUUACAUAUUCAUGUCCGCACUGUGGAAAGACCUUCCAGAAACCAAGUCAGUUAACAAGACAUGUUCGGAUACACACAGGUGAAAGGCCAUUUAAAUGUAGUGAAUGUGGAAAAGCAUUUAAUCAGAAGGGGGCUUUACAAACGCAUAUGAUUAAACACACUGGUGAAAAACCCCAUGCUUGUGCCUUUUGUCCUGCAGCCUUUUCUCAGAAAGGCAAUCUUCAGUCACAUGUUCAGAGAGUACACUCGGAGGUAAAGAACGGCCCUACAUAUAACUGUACAGAAUGUAGUUGUAUCUUCAAAAGUUUAGGCAGCUUAAAUACUCAUAUCAGCAAGAUGCAUAUGAGUAGUACACAAAACACAACCGGUUCUACUACGGAAACAUCUCACAUUACAACGGAUUCUGUGGCUCAGCCUCUGACAUUAGCAACAGUUAAUUUGUUGCAACCUGCUGAUAAUAAAUGGAAGAACACAGAAACUUCAGUUUCAGGACAUCAAGGUCAACAGUCUGUAACUGAUGUCAUUCAGCAGCUCCUUGAGUUGUCGGAGCCAGUGGAAAAUAAUCAGUCCCAGCAACCUGCUCAGCAACUCAGUAUGGCUGUAGGAAUCAACAGAGACAUUUUGCAGCAAGCCUUGGAAAAUAGUGGGCUGUCUUCAAUCCCAGUUUCAGCAAAUACGGACUGUAGUGAAAGUAAGAUUCCUCCAAGUCAGGAUGAAAAUGCAGAUGUUCAGAAUCUCUCCAGUCAUCCAGUCGACUCCAGCAAUACUGAACAAGUUAAAGGGCAAGAAAAUCCAGAUAAACUUGAAAAAAAGGAGAAAAGGGUUCUGAAGAAGAAGUCUCCAUUUUUACCUGGUUCCAUACGUGAGGAGAAUGGAAUACGAUGGCAUAUUUGUCCAUACUGCGCAAAAGAAUUUAAAAAACCAAGUGAUCUAGUGCGACACAUUCGCAUUCACACUCAUGAAAAGCCAUUCAAAUGUCCGCAGUGUUUCCGGGCCUUUGCUGUGAAGAGUACUCUCACAGCACACAUAAAAACACACACCGGCAUUAAGGCUUUUAAAUGUCAGUACUGUAUGAAGUGCUUUUCUACCUCAGGAAGUUUAAAAGUGCAUAUUCGUUUGCAUACAGGGAUUAGACCUUUUGCUUGCCCACAUUGUGAUAAAAAGUUCCGAACUUCAGGUCACAGAAAGACGCACAUUGCCUCUCACUUUAAACACACUGAACUAAGAAAAAUGCGGCAUCAGCGUAAACCUGCAAAAAUUCGAAUAGGGAAGACCAGUGUUCCAGUACCUGAUAUUCCUUUGCAAGAACCUAUCCUCAUUACAGAUUUAGGACUUAUCCAGCCAAUCCCAAGGAAUAGCCAGUUCUUCCAAAAUUAUUUCAAUAAUAAUUUUGGCAAUGAAGCAGACAGGCCAUACAAGUGUUAUUACUGUCAUAGAGCGUAUAAAAAGUCCUGCCAUCUUAAACAACAUAUCCGAUCACAUACUGGUGAGAAACCAUUCAAAUGUUCUCAGUGUGGCCGAGGUUUUGUGUCUGCUGGAGUGCUGAAAGCACAUAUACGAACCCACACAGGAUUAAAAGCUUUCAAGUGUCUUAUAUGCAACGGGGCUUUCACAACUGGAGGGAGUCUACGGAGGCACAUGGGCAUCCAUAAUGACCUUCGACCGUAUAUGUGCCCAUAUUGUCAAAAAACAUUCAAAACCUCACUAAACUGCAAAAAGCACAUGAAAACUCAUAGGUAUGAGCUUGCACAGCAGUUGCAGCAGCAGCAGCAAGCUGCUUCAGUUGAUGAUACAACAGUAGAUCAACAGAGCAUUCAUGUUUCUACUCAGAUGCAAGUGGAGAUUGAAAGUGAAGAGCUGCAGCAAACCGAAGCAGUCACAACAGAUCAAGAAGCGAUUUUGGACUUAGACCAGCAGCAGGUUGUUGACACAGAGGAAACGGGUCUGAGACCACAAUUGACUGAUCAGCCAUUAAGUCAAGAUGAAGAUAGAUUUGUGACAUCCCAGCAUGCUUUGCAAGAGAACAUAAAUCAAUUUGAACAGCAAACUAUAGUGCAGCAGUCAUUUGAUCAGCAAGGAUUAUCACAAGGUUUUACAGUUAAUGAUGGUUAUAGUCAGCCAAAUCAGUUUCCAGCAGUACAGCAGCUUCAGGAUUCAAGCACUCUUGAGUCCCAGGCUCUUUCAACAAGUUACCAUCAACCAAAUCUCCUUCAAGUUCCCGCACCAGAUGCUAUUAAUGUGACUACCCGACUAAUUCAAGAUCAGUCACAAGAACUUGAGCUGCAUAGUCAACGCUCCCAGUUUCUGGAAGAUAAUGAAGAUCAAAGCAAGCGUUCUUACAGGUGUGAGUAUUGCAACAAGGGCUUUAAAAAAUCCAGCCACUUGAAGCAGCAUGUACGUUCACACACUGGGGAGAAGCCUUAUAAAUGCCAUUUGUGUGGCCGAGGAUUCGUUUCUUCUGGAGUUCUUAAAUCUCAUGAGAAGACACAUACAGGAGUUAAAGCAUUUAGUUGCAGCAUUUGCAAUACAUCCUUCACUACUAAUGGAAGCCUUACUAGACAUAUGGCAACUCACAUGAGCAUGAAACCAUAUAAGUGCCCAUUUUGUGAUGAAAGUUUCAGAACCACAGUUCAUUGCAAAAAACAUAUGAAAAAGCAUCAAACAGUGUCUUCAACAGCAGCAUCAGGUGGAGACGUAGGAGGAGGUGGAGAAGAAGAUGAUGAGACCUCUGAAAGGACAAGUUCUAGAAAAUCCCGACCUGGUGUCAUCACUUUCACGGAGGAGGAAACUGCUGAACUUGCAAAAAUCAGGCCCCAGGAAAGUGCAACUGUCUCUGAAAAAGUUCUCGUCCAGUCUGCUGCAGAAAAAGACAGAAUUAGUGAAAUCAAAGACAAGCAAGCGGAAAUGGAGGCUGAGCCAAAAUUUGCCAACUGUUGUACUUACUGUCCAAAAAGCUUUAAAAAACCUAGUGACUUAGUAAGGCAUGUGCGUAUCCAUACAGGAGAAAAACCUUAUAAAUGUGAUGAAUGUGGAAAGAGUUUUACUGUAAAGUCUACUCUUGAUUGUCAUGUAAAAACACACACGGGUCAGAAACUCUUCAGUUGCCAUGUAUGCAGCAAUUCGUUUUCCACAAAAGGUAGUCUGAAAGUCCACAUGCGCCUACAUACUGGAGCAAAGCCCUUUAAAUGUCCUCACUGUGAGUUAAGGUUUCGAACCUCUGGGCGCAGAAAAACCCACAUACAGUGUCACUUUAAACCAGAGACCAAGAAGGUCAGAAAGCCUGUGUCUCGUACACCAGCUGAGGGACUACAGCCAGUAAAUCUCCUAAAUUCAUCCUCAAGUGAUCCCAACGUUUUCAUCAUGAAUAACUCUGUUCUGACGGGGCAGUUUGACCAAAAUUUGCUUCAGCAAGGUCUUGUUGGGCAAGCUAUACUUCCUGCUUCUAUGUCAGCUGGAGGUGAUUUAACUGUAUCCUUGACAGAUGGUAGUUUGGCAACCCUUGAAGGAAUACAGUUACAGCUUGCUGCUAACUUGGUUGGACCAAAUGUUCAAAUUUCUGGAAUAGAUCCUACUGGCAUCAACAACAUUACAUUGCAGAUUGAUCCCAGUCUUUUACAGCAAACACUACAACAGGGUAAUGUACUUACCCAGCAGCUAACUGGGGAUCCCAAUUUGGCUUCUCAAAACAACUCUCUCCAGACAGCAGACAGUUCAGUGCCAGCAAAUGUGGUAAUACAACCUUUGUCAAGCUUAUCCUUACAGCCCAAUGUCACCUCUGCAGCAAAUAUGACAAUAGGACCUUUGUCUGAGCAAGAAUCUGUAUUGACCACUAGUACUACUGGUUCACAGGAUCUUUCUCAGGUCAUGACUUCACAGGGUAUGGUAUCAACCUCAAAUGGUCAACAUGAGAUUACACUGACAAUAAAUAAUUCAAGUCUGAGUCAUGUUUUAGCACAUGCCUCUAGUUCAACUACUACAAAUUCAUCAGGAACCCCUCAAGAAAUCACCCUUACCAUAUCUGGCCAAGAUCUUAUUCAGCACAAUUCCACUGGAGGUAAUGAACUGAAUGGGAACCUACGACUGGCAACACCAAGUAUUAGCAAUCAGUCAACAGGUACUACGUUAACUAUAAGUAAUGAUCAACUGCUAUCUCAGAGCCCAGCACUGAACAGUACUUCAGAGCUUAAUGCAUCAAGUGGGAAUCUUCCUUCAACUCCACCCAUGUCUCAGCCAGCUCAGAAUUUAGUAAUGUCAUCACCAGGAGUAGGAGGAGAUGGCAGUGUCACAUUAACUUUGGCUGAUACUCAAAGUAUGUUAUCUGCUGGCCUUGAUGCAGUCACGCUUAACAUCACAUCACAGGGACAGCAGUUCCCUGCUUUACUCACAGAUUCUAGUCUCUCUGGACAGAGCAGUUCAAGCUCACAACAGGUUAUACUAGUGAGUCAUACUCCGCAUUCAAUUCCUGCAAACCAUGAUGAAUUAGCAUAUCAGGUGAGUGAGGUUUCCCCAACUCUGUCUAAAGGCAUUCAAGCUGAAAAAGAACCCCGUGUCCACCAGUGUUUUGAAUGUAGUCAAACAUUUUCAUCAGCUGCCAUGCUAAUGCAGCAUAGCAAAGAAGUUCAUGGAAAGGAAAGAAUCCAUGUUUGUCAUAUUUGCAAUAAAGCUUUCAAACGAGCAACGCACCUUAAGGAGCAUAUGCAAACACAUCAGGCUGGACCAUCAUUAAGUUCCCAAAAGCCAAGAGUAUUUAAAUGUGAUACUUGUGAAAAAGCAUUUGCUAAGCCAAGUCAACUGGAAAGACACAGCCGCAUUCAUACAGGAGAACGGCCGUUUCAGUGUACGCUAUGUGAGAAAGCUUUUAACCAGAAGAGUGCACUGCAAGUUCAUAUGAAAAAACACACAGGAGAAAGACCAUACAAGUGUGAUUAUUGUGCAAUGGGUUUUACUCAGAAAAGCAAUAUGAAGCUUCAUAUGAAGCGAGCUCAUGGAUAUUCUGGCACGGUACAAGAAUCCAGCAACCAUCAAGGGCAGGAAGGCGAAGACAUUAAUCGUUCUCUGAACUUGGAAGAGGUUGUUCAAGAAUCUUCAAAUGAAUGGCAGAGUAUAACCAAUAUUUUUUGAUGACUACUAAGGUGAAAGCUUGAAAUGCUUUCAGGACUAGAUUUUUUUAAAAGAAGAAAUAGUCAUCUGUGGAUUUUUACUAUUAAAACAUAUUGGAAAUAAGAUAAUAUAGCUUUUUAAAUACUACAAAAAAACCUAAAGAACUAUUGUCUUUUGUAAGCUUGUAGAAUAUUGAAGAAACACCAGAUAAACUUUGCUAUAUUGUCUACAAUCAGUGAUCUCAGGUACAUGGAACUUGUUCAUUUUUUGAAUCCACCAUAUGUGUAUUUACUUAAAUAACAAACACACACACACACAGAUGUUGGUAUCAGUGAAGGGUGAUUAGAUGAUAGGCCAUAUGGAAGUCCUGCCAAUCAUGAGCGUGUCUUGACUGUUUAGAAUUAAUUGGAAGGGAACUUAUCUCAAAAUUAGAUGGAUGUAGUAGAGAAUGACAAUGUCUGAUACUAUUUUAGUCCAUUAAUUGGUGUUGCUGGUAUUUCAAAAAUUGAGAGUACAUAUUCAUUUUAUUUAAUGACUGUUACUUGUUACUAUUUCCCAAUGGUACAUAUUCAGUUUCAAAUUCAGCAAUAAUUAUUCAAAGAAAAGCCAGCUAAUGACAACAGCGGCUCCAUGAAUUGAACAGCAAAUGCAUGUAUUUUCUGUGUAGGUCUUACAGCUAAGAAACUUUAGCUAGAUCACCAUGAAAACAUAAGCCAUAUAUUAAAGAUGGUAGAACAUAGAAAACUGUACAUCUUCCUGACCAAACCAAGUGAACUGUGGGAGGUGUUCCAUCAGUUAACAAAAGUUGGUCUCCUUAACAGGUCCAAAUGAGUAAAAAUAUUAAUUUUUGUUGCCAUUUAUUCUGAGAGAUUUUUAAAAAGUUUAAAACUACCUAGUCUUUUCAGUAUUGCUCUGAAAAGUCCCAUUUACUGAGAAAAGGUAUCAUCAUAUCAAAAACAAAAAACCCUCACACUGGAUUAAAGCAUAUGUUCUGUUUUAGACAUUCCAAAGACAGAAGGAUCUUGCUUAAUUUUACUUUGAUUUUAAAAUUUCUUUAUAUGUUAUAUAUAUGUGUGUAUGUAUAUACAGAUAUUUAAGCCUCUAUGUGGCUGAUGAGUAUAUUUUGUAAAUAAUAAUCCAAGUUACAAGAAGUGUUCAUAAAGUUUUCAACUUUAGAUGAACUCUUCAAAAACAGUAUUGAUUCAUUUUAUUGUAAUGUAAACAUGUUAUACUUUUCUGAAAAAUAAUUGCUUUUUAUUUGCUCUCAGUUCCAGAAAGAAACUAUCUGUACAUAUAAUUUAUAUUUUGUGUAUUAUAGCACUUUCUAUUUCCUGAAGGGGAAGAAUCACUGCUUUUGAUAGGACAUCUCAUAAUUCUUUUGUUAACUCUGGACAUAUGUAUAUAAGUGAUAUAGCUGGUGGCUUGAAAAUAACACUUUUGUUAUGUGGAAAUAUUUAAGUCAGACAUAUGUUAAAUAAUAUUAAUUUUUUCCAAA